UUCUUAAAUGAAGUUCCGUGAUGGUAGAAAUUAGUUUAGCCUCAUAAAAAGUUCUCUAUUUUCUUUCCCACAGGUCAUAAAUAUUGGCAGUUGAGAGUUGAAUAUAAGCAUCUAUCACACACUACUACUACUCUUUAUUAACUUCUGACUGUUGUGGGUGUUGGUCACGUUUUGAUAACACCAAUCCCUUCUCCUUUUCACUCGAUCUUUUGCUUUGGUUGUCUCCUUGCGCAGCUUCCAUUUUCAUGGAUUUGCGAGAGAAACUCCUUUUUACGGGUUUCUUCAUUCUUGCUGCAGCCAUUGAUGGAGCUCGGGCAGAUACUAUGGUCACUGGCACUGUCUUCUGUGACCAAUGCAAAGAUGGCCAGAGAUCCCUCUUUGAUUACCCAUUUAUAGGAAUUAAAGUUACAAUCUCAUGUGCUGACAGUGAAGGGGAGGUCACAAUGUCAAGGGAAGAGACUACAAAUUGGUUGGGAAACUAUGUAAUGAAGUUUGAUGGUGCCCCGGACUUAAGCGGUUGUUAUGCCCAGGUUUCAGGCAGUAGUAGUGGACAAGGUACAGUGGAUUGUGGUGCAGCUGCUGGUCCUGCUCAAUAUCUUAGACUUGUGUUUAGGAUGUUUGACAUGGAGAUGUAUGCUGUGGAUCCUUUGCUUGCUCAGCCUGCUCAGCCCAUGUCAUUCUGCCCAAGGUCAGCAAACCCGGUACCGCCCUCACCGGUAACACCAGCUGUAAGGCCUCCUCCACCUUUCAGGCUUCCACCUAUGCCUGGACUGCCACCACUUCCUCCAUUGCCACCCCUGCCUCCAAUGCCACCGAUGCCAUUCUUGGAAGCUUCGGCUUGUCCACAUGAAAGCUGGACAAGUCCGGAGUACAGAUGCUACUGGAGGGCUGUGAACCCGGACACAAAGGUUGCUGUUGUUUUCGGUUUGCUCGCAGGUAGAAGAUAUGGGACAGACGUGACAUUGUGGCAAGGCCUGCAAGGGAGAGGAGAGGCGUAUAGGGCUCUUCUUAGGGAAGGAGUCACUGCUUUUCUUAACUCUUACAACAGUCUUCAAUAUCCUUACAAUACAAUUGGUGUAGUCCAACGCAUGAACUGGGCCUUGAUGGGAUCUCCUCGAAAUGUCCUUCUUACUGCUCUGCGAUUCACCAGAGCCAAUUCUGGUUAUGGCAAUGUCACCUGCAAUUUCACCCCUUGCAAGUAAUGAUCAGUCCUCGAUUCGCAUU